AUGGCUUCUAUCACUCCUGCUAAGCGCACUCUCUUUAAGUUUCUAAAGGUGGACCCGGAAACCUUUCCCCUGAUGGGUUUCCUUAGCAUGACCACAUUUGGCCUUGGUUACUGGUCUGCUCAAAAGCUAAAUUGGAUCAACGAUGACGAAAACGUUCGUAUCGCUGAAGAACCAUGGGCCAAAGAUACUCCUCCCAAUGCUGCCUACAAGUAUAAAUAUUAUGAACAUGGCAACCCAAAGGGAAAGCUCAUGGAUGCACCCAACGCCAUGGUCGAAUUUGAUACGGGUGUCUCGUUACCCAAGAGUCAAAUUCCAAAGCAAAUGUUGGCAUAG